AUGACCUUCUCGCACGGAGCUCAUUUCCGAUUUUGCAAGCUCGAUCCCAAGUGUCCCUGGCUGCCCACGCUCCGUUCUUCCGGUUUCCACGCCUCGAACGACGGUGGUACACAUGUGCUGGCCGUACCCAUCGUUUACGGCGCGUGGCUGCCCGUGAUACUGUGCACGCUGCGGUCAAGUCCAGCCUGCCAGUUCGCCCCUCACUCACCAAGUCCAGCGUCGUUGGAGUCGUCACACGCUCAGCGCCUGUGCUUGGACUCGCUGUCCGUCGUGUACCCACCCGACGACCACGUCCCGCACAACCGCCGCAACAGCGCAUUUGUUGUCGAUAACGCACCCCCAACUCUCCUCACGGCAUUGCCGCCGGGUGUGGCUGUCAACCACGUUCAGCUGCGAGACGCCGAGAUUCCGCUACAGGACCCCGAGAUGGAGCGUCUGAGGCGGCACUGGACGACUGCCCACUAG